AUGGCCAAUUUACGGGCACCAGCUUUGCGAAAGGAAGAAAAAGCUUUUGUCGCACAAAUAGAAGACUCAUAUGGCCAGACAAUAUCACUCCGGGAGCCUUUAAAGAACGGCUUGAUCACACUCUUCAUAGCACCUACGGAUAUUUCCAAUACUGAGGUAGAAAGAUUUAGCGGCUGCAUCAAGGCUUGUGGGUUGUGUGGUGGGUUAGUUAUGGAGUUUUAG